CUACUUGGUGAGUCUUCCAUUGAAUCCAAUCACAUCCCCCAUCUAACACAAACUCUUCAAAUGUCAAGUGUAUCAAAUAUGUUAUUUCAAGAUGAGUUAUAUCAUAUUUAUUCAAGAAAACUCCUACUUCAUACUCAAAUAAACCAACAACUUAUUGCGGCGGUCACAACAAUAACGCCGGCUCCAUCUCCAUCAAACCCACCUUCAUUUCAUAACAACUUUGAUUCGAAUGUGGUGAUGGUGCUAUCAGUGCUUUUGUGCGCGCUAGUUUGUUCACUAGGGAUAAACUCCAUCAUAAAAUGUGUACUAAGAUGUACAAGUAUACUUGGCACGGAAAUCGGUGCCAACCCCGUAAGCAACUCGGCAAGGUUAUCCAAAACCGGAAUUAAUAAAAAGGCGUUAAAGACAUUCUCGACAGUCAACUAUUGGCAUGGGUUGCAGUUACCAGGGUUGGGUAAGGAAUGUGUUAUAUGCUUAGGUGAUUUCUCUAAAGGUGAGCGUGUUAAGAUAUUACCUAAGUGCAAUCAUGGGUUUCAUGUUCGUUGCAUCGAUAAAUGGCUUCGUUCCCAUUCAUCGUGUCCAACUUGUAGGCAUUCGCUACUAGAGACAUGCCAAAAGAUUCUCACUGGUGGGAACUAUAGCAAUACCACAUCUUCACAACCACAACCUCAACCUCAACCUCAAGAACAAGGUCCAAGUGAUGCUACCACUUCUAUUAGCAUACUGCCUUUACAACACGAAGGUGUUUUGCGAAAUUACGAGUCGUAACUUGUAACUAGGUUCGGUUUUAGAUAUGCAAAUCAUCAAGUGUAUAUACUAUAGUAGUACCCAUAGUUAAGGUAGCUUUAUGUUCCUAAUUGUUUUGUAGGUCUUUCUUUUCAUAUUAAAUAUGAGUUGAAGUAUCUUCAAAUUUAA